AUGUCCCGACAAGGAGCAGCCCAGAUCUCCAGACUCAUAGCCCAAGCUAGUCGACCUAAUGUUGUCCGCUCAAAUCUCCGACUGCUCCCACGGGCUUCCACGCGACCUCUAUCAAACCGACUUCCAUACCAAUCCUUUUCAACAUCGCCUCAAGUCUCGAAAGGCAUCAUGCCCGAGACAGACAACCCCGGCAAACAAGACGUUCAAGAAACCCGUCCCAGCUUCGGCGUAGUCGAGCUGUCUGACGGCGAAUACCACGAACUAGCAGACAGCUUCUUGGAGGUGGUGCUCUCCAAAUUCGAGCAGCUCCAAGAUGCGCGCGAGGACAUUGACAUUGAAUACUCGUCUGGUGUCAUGACCAUCAAUGUCGCCGACAAGGGCACCUACGUCAUCAACAAGCAGCCGCCCAACAAGCAAAUCUGGCUGUCGAGCCCCAUUUCCGGCCCCAAACGCUACGACUGGUGCAUCAUUGGCGAAGGACAAGGCGACAAGGAGGGAACCGGCUCAGGGAACUGGAUCUAUGGGCGUGACGGCGUCAGUCUACCGGAGUUGAUUCUCGAGGAACUGGAUGUUGUCAUUGAGGGACCUGCUACGAGCUAG